GCAGUCCCRGGAGGCGGCAGCGCGCGCAGCCCGGAUCCCAGACCCAGACCCGAGUUCCACCGACUAUGGCCGCGUUGGCGCAGCUGCGCGACUGUCAGGCAUGGAGGGAUGCUGGGCUCCCACUCUCCACGCCAAGCAAUGAAGCCUGCAAGCUGUUUGACGCCACCCUGACCCAGUAUGUAAAAUGGACCAACGACAAGAAUCUUGGUGGCAUUGAGAGCUGUCUGUCAAAGCUCAGAGCAGCAGAUCCGACCUUUGCCAUGGGCCAGGUUAUCUCUAACGGCCUCGUGCUCAUCGGCACGGGAAGCUCCGUGAGGCUAGACAGAGAGCUGGACCUGGCCGUGAAGAGGAUGGUGGAGACCRCGCUCACCCAGCUGCUGACACCGCGGGAGCAGCUGCACGUGUCGGCCGUGGAGGCAUUUGCCAAGGGGAACUUCCCCAAAGCCUGUGACCUAUGGGAACAGAUUCUCCGAGACCACCCAACAGACAUGUUGGCCCUGAAAUUUUCCCAUGAUGCCUAUUUUUACCUGGGCUAUCAGGAACAGAUGCGAGAUUCUGUUGCUCGAGUUUACCCCUUUUGGACACCUGACAUCCCACUUAGCAGCUACGUGAAGGGCAUCUAUUCGUUUGGAUUAAUGGAAACCAACUUCUAUGAUCGGGCAGAAAAACUUGCUAAAGAGGCAUUAUCUGCGGAGCCCACGGAUGCGUGGUCGGUGCACACCAUUGCCCACAUCCAUGAGAUGAGAGCCGAGGUGCGGGCUGGGAUGGACUUCAUGCAGCACUCGGAAGCCCAUUGGAAGGACUCGGAUAUGCUUGCUUGUCAUAAUUAUUGGCACUGGGCUUUAUACUUGAUUGAAAAGGGUGAAUACGAGGCUGCACUGACCAUUUACGACCAGCAUAUCCUCCCCAGCCUGCGGUCCAGCGGUGCAAUGCUGGACGUGGUGGACAGCUGUUCAAUGCUCUAUCGCCUGCAGAUGGAAGGGGUAUCUGUGGGCCAGAGGUGGCAGGACAUUCUGCCUGUGACCCAGAGGCACAGCCGGGACCACAUCCUGCUGUUCAAUGAUGCACACUUCCUGAUGGCCUCCCUGGGCGCCCGGGACCCCCAGACCACACAGGAGCUGCUGACCACCCUGCAGGAUGCCAGCGAAUCUCCAGGAGAAAACUGCCAGCACCUGCUGGCCCGAGAUGUGGGACUGCCUCUGUGCCAGGCCCUGGUGGCAGCCCAGGAAGGGAACCCUGACCGCGUCUUGGAACUGCUCCUACCCAUCCGCUACCGCAUCGUCCAGAUCGGGGGCAGCAAUGCCCAGAGAGACGUCUUCAACCAGUUACUGAUUCACGCAGCCUUGAACUGCACCUCCAGAGCGCAUAAGAACGUGGCGCGGAGCCUGCUGAUGGAGCGUGAUGCCCUGAAGCCCAACUCACCUCUGACCGAGAGGCUCCUCCGCAAGGCCGCCAAUGUCCACCUCCUGGAGUGAGCCAGGCCUGGCCCAUGGCCUGCAGAAGCUCAGUGGUGGCCUCCUAGUUUUAGUUGGGCUCCCCUGGGGUUAGGAUUAGGAAACAGCUGGUCGUUAGAGGGCAAGAUUCGGGCUUAGCAAUAGCCCCCUGAGCCAGCGGUUCUUUAGAAAGAGAACACAAAUCAAAGUGUGAUUCGGCAUUUUCUUGGGAAGGGUGAGGGUGAAAUUUUCAUGGUGCUGCUGUCUCUAGUCGCCUUGUAGAUCAGACUUGCCCGUGGGCACACUGAACACCAGCUCCCGGAGUUCAUGGGUUGGAAGGUGGGGUUGGAAGGUGGAGCCGGCCAUCUGAGGCAGCCCUGGAGGAGGCCUGCCCACACCUGGCUGCCCUUGAAGGAAAUCCUGUCCCAUUUUUCAGGGGAGGGUGUGAUGGGUGGGGGAGUGUGCCCCCAGGGUCAUAGCCAGUGAAGCCACCUGACCUCCCUGGGAGGGUAUUCCCCUCGCUGUCUUUGGCCUCAUCCCCCAGCUGCUGCCCCAACUGCCCUCCUCCUAGAUCACAAGCACACAGAGCCACUCCUGCUUUGUCUCUGGAGGGACGUUCUUGAGCCACCCUCCCCGGGGGCUUUGGUGGUGUCCAUCUGGGCUUGUUUCUUUCUGAACUGUACCUGGGAAUGAGGCCUUGGGUGCACUCUGAUUCUAUCCCCUGGGUGCACAUGCAUUACUGGGGUGUGAAUUGUGCUCCGGGCUGCUCUGUUGUGCAAAAACCAAAGCACUGGUGCRUGGCUGGAACAGGAUUGGAGCUGGUCCUGUGAAUGCUGCCUGUCUCCCGCUUCCCCCUGGCAGCUGUGCUGCUGGCAGCCUUGAGGGGGAGGUUCAAGUGCAAAGAUGUUUUUCAAGUCCCUUCAGUUCCCACUAAAGUUCACUGGGGUCACUGGAGCAGGAAGUGGGCAGGUCUCCUGAGGGGGAGGGGAGGCCUUCAGACCCACUAUGCCCCUGCAGUUUGCUCAAGCCUGGGCAAAUUCCCAGGAUUAAAAUGAGUUAAUUGUUUUUUUUUUUUCCCCUAACUCUUAUGGGCACCUUUGAAUGUUCCAAUACUUGGGCUGGAUUCUGCAAAAACUAGCCUCUCCUUGAACUUGGGUGGGUGGGCAGCAACUCAAGAAAAUAGUUAAUAACAUAUUGAUCUCAAGAGAGGUGCUGUGUCUUGCCAGACCUGGUGGGGCAUGCCUGUAACCCCAGUGACCCAGGAGGCUGAAGCAGGAGGAUGACAAGUUCCAGGCC